GCAGUAUCUUCUGCUGUUCGUCGCGAGCGGCAGUGACGGAUAACACGCGAGAGUGAGACGUGUUCGCGGAGAACGUACGCAGCCUCUCUUCUCCCCCGAGAUGUAUUCCAAGACCAUGAGCAACCACCAGGCGAGCAAGGAGCACGUGCUCGCCGUGUCCCGGGACUUCAUCGCGCAGCCCCGUCUCACUUACAAGACGGUGUCCGGAGUGAACGGGCCGCUGGUGAUCCUGGAUGAGGUGAAGUUUCCAAAGUACGCCGAGAUUGUGCAGCUGAAGCUCGCCGAUGGCUCCCUGCGCUCCGGCCAGGUCCUGGAGGUGUCCGGUUCCAAAGCGGUGGUCCAGGUCUUCGAGGGCACGUCCGGCAUCGACGCGAAGAACACCCACUGCGAGUUCACCGGCGACAUUCUGCGGACCCCGGUGUCCGAGGACAUGCUGGGCCGCGUCUUCAACGGCUCGGGAAAGCCGAUCGACAAGGGGCCGCCGAUCCUCGCCGAGGACUAUCUGGACAUUCAGGGCCAGCCUAUCAAUCCCUGGUCCCGUAUCUAUCCGGAAGAGAUGAUUCAGACCGGGAUCUCGGCCAUCGACGUUAUGAACUCCAUCGCCCGUGGCCAGAAAAUCCCCAUCUUCUCGGCUGCCGGUCUACCGCAUAACGAGAUUGCCGCGCAGAUCUGUCGUCAAGCAGGUUUGGUGAAGGUGCCCGGCAAGUCGGUCCUCGACUCCCACGAGGACAAUUUCGCCAUCGUGUUCGCGGCCAUGGGUGUCAACAUGGAGACCGCGCGUUUCUUCAAGCAGGACUUCGAGGAGAACGGCUCCAUGGAGAAUGUCUGCCUGUUUCUGAAUCUGGCCAACGACCCGACGAUCGAGAGAAUCAUCACGCCCCGUCUCGCCCUGACAGCGGCCGAGUUCCUGGCGUACCAGUGCGAGAAGCACGUGCUGGUCAUCCUCACGGAUAUGUCCUCGUACGCCGAGGCGCUGCGCGAGGUCUCGGCCGCUCGCGAGGAGGUGCCGGGUAGACGCGGUUUCCCCGGUUACAUGUACACCGAUCUCGCCACGAUCUACGAGCGUGCCGGCCGUGUGGAGGGACGCAACGGCUCCAUCACGCAGAUCCCGAUUCUCACUAUGCCGAACGACGACAUCACUCACCCGAUUCCCGAUCUUACCGGGUACAUCACCGAGGGCCAGAUCUACGUCGAUCGUCAGCUGCACAACAGGCAGAUCUAUCCGCCCGUGAAUGUGUUGCCGUCGCUGUCGCGUCUCAUGAAGUCCGCCAUCGGCGAGGGUAUGACGCGAAAGGACCACUCCGACGUGUCCAAUCAACUGUACGCGUGUUACGCCAUCGGUAAAGACGUCCAGGCGAUGAAAGCCGUCGUGGGAGAAGAGGCGUUGACGCCGGACGAUCUGCUGUACUUGGAAUUCCUGUCCAAGUUUGAGAAGAACUUCAUCUCGCAGGGCAGCUACGAAAAUCGCACGGUCUUCGAGUCGCUGGACAUCGGCUGGCAGCUUCUGCGAAUCUUCCCCAAGGAGAUGCUCAAGCGAAUCCCAGCCAGCACCCUCGCGGAAUUCUAUCCGAGAGACUCCCGUCAUUAAUCACCGGUUUAUUUGUCUCGCCUUAUGCGUAAGCUUAUUUUAAUGGAAUUGCGCGUACAAGUUCGAUUUGCCUUCUCUUCGACAUUAAUUGGAACAAAGCAUGCCACUUCUUGCGCAAGAAAGAUUCGCAAGAACGGUCGAUGUAACGAUGACAAGAGAACAAUUGAAAAACACUUACACUUUCGGAUAAUAAGGGGAAAGAGAAGAGAUGAAAGAACGCGUCUGUUACAGGCUAUUUAAAAAAAAAAUUUGUAACGUUACGAGCUUACAAAAUCGUAUAUCGGUCUUUGAUGUUGUGCAAUGAGAGUAUAAAACGGAGAUAACAACGAUGUCGACAUGUAAAUGGAAAAAUUGCGAAUGAUUUAUUCCGGGGGAAUCUUGCAUGCAAGAGUUGCAUGUUACAGACCCGGGACUACAUAUGUUAUCUUUAUCAUGGAAAUAAUAAACACUACAUAUACUUAUAUUGUUUCAAUAUUUAAAGCAUGUGUCUUUUGUGCUUUGGAGCGACGACGCUCAACUCACGCCAAGCAAUCAUUGUAAAGUGUAAUAUAUCGUACAGUAUUAACGUAGACGAAAAGCAUAAAGUAAUCCACGAUCGCGGGGUAUUCUGCGUUCCCGACAUUCCACUGCGAAAUUCACACAUAUAAGAUUCUUUAUGCGUUUGAGCCAGUCCGAAGGAAAGAUGUUUCAACACGAUAUGUACAGUUACCUAUAGAGAAUGUUCUGAGCGAAACAUUAUCGUGUAUUGUCUCGCGAGAGACAACUGUAUAUGUUAGAUAUAGAAAAUUAAAGGAGAAUUGUUGUCUUUGAA